AUGAGCAUGAUGCAUGUUGCAAGCAAUAGUGAAAUGUCUAUGAAGAACAAAAGAAGCGGCGAUGAGCAACAGUUUGUGUACAGCCAACUACCGUCAACUCGCCGUCAUAGUUUCACAAGUUUGGAGACUCGAUCCUGUGAUAUCAUUUUAUCGGAAACGAUGGACUCAUCAUGGAACAACGACUCAUCUUCGGCCGGAUCAUCGGGGUUGCCAUCAAAACCCCACAGAAAAACUCCAGUUUAUAUGCAACCAAGAGAUCCCUCACCAAAACCAACCGGGGAUCCCUACGAGUUUGUCGACGACGAUGAAAAAGAGGAGCCAAUCGUGGUUGGAGUCGUUGGGAGACCAGAGAGAUAUGGUAAUGGUGUUCGAGAAGCAAGAAUCAAAUUGGUGCACAGAAACAAGGAAAGGGGAAAUGAAAGAAAUGGCGAGAGUGAAAAGAAAAAGAGGAUGCGAUACUCUUCUCCAGUUUCCAAUGACCUGAUUUUGGCAAACUCGACAGCAAGCACAUCUUCAAAUUCGGAGCAUGUGGAUGAAAAUGUACCAGUCGCAGACGAAACGGAUACUCAGAAGAUGGUUCGGGAAGCUCUUGCAUAUUUUGAACAAACUAAGAAAAAAUGUCUUGAGGAGCAUCCAGACCGUGGAAACAAACACUCGAGUGUAUCAGUCGCAACUUCACCAAUUGCUAUGGCUCGGGAAGCCCUUUCUAAAUUCCACCGAAUUCGGAAAGAAGGUGACAUGGAAAACUUCACACCACAGAAGCUACCACCUCCUAUUCCUGAAGUCCGUACACCUGAGAUCUUCAAAAAUGAGGAUUAUCUCGCGAUGUGUCGAGAAGUUGGAAUUCUUCCAGCCAAUGAUUUUCCGCUGCGCCAAAAGACACCAAAGAGUUUUGAUAAUCAACAAAAUCAACAAACUCCUUCUGUGCCUAUGAAUGCUCUUCUGAAUUCGGCUCUUCAUGUUCAAAUGCAAUCAAUGCAAACUUCAGCUGGACGGAUCGAGAAUCAUGGUUUUCUGGUUCCACGUGAGCAACUCGCGCGGACUGUGAGGAAUGCUCAUUCGAAUGCUGGAACCCACAGCUCCACAACUUUCCAACAUAUUCCAACAACUGCAACACCAACGCAAAAUUCAAGUACCCCGCAAAUGAAUUCGGCCGUUGUGAGAUAUCAACCACCACCAACUCCCAUAAUGCCUCCUCAUCAACAAUUACCUCCCGCUCAACAAGAACUUGCGAAUCAACAAAUAGUGGCCUACCUCCAUAGAUGGAACAAGCAAUUCAUGGAGGCGCUGCCUGCCAGGCUGUCAUUAGAUCCUUCCUUUUUGUUUCGACAUUUUGGUGCAAACGGACUUGGCAACCAACCAUUUCAACACAUGGUACCACCGGGAGCUCGUUUGAUGAUUCCGAAUCAUACACAGCAAUUGGCAAUUCAACAAUCGAACCAAAUUGAAAUGCAACUGGCUAUUCGAACGUCGAACAGUUUUCUAGUACCAAAUCAAAAUCUUCCCAAUCACAGCAGCCCUCCAAUGCCCAAUCAAAUGCCAGCACCAAUUCACAGACCACUACCGGUAUAUCCGAACGGAUUAUUCUGGAAUCAUGGACAUCCACCGCCGCAUGGACCACCACGGCCAUAA